GCAUGAUGCCUUAUGUUGUAUCUUUGUGUAAUGAAAUCACGGUGUUUCUUGUUAAAAAAAAGGUAAAAUUGGCCAUUUAGUUAAGCAAGUAUAUAAUUUCCUGAAAAUUUUAUACUUAGAUCAAUCACAGAUAUUAUAAAAAAACGAACAGUUGGCUCUUCUUUAUUUACAUUCUAUACUCUUGUCUCUUACUUUAGGGAAAACCAAUGAAUAUUCAAUGGAGAAUUAUAAUCAAACAUCAACUGAUUUCAUUUUAUUAGGGCUGUUCCCACCGUCAAGAAUUGGCCUGUCCCUCUUCAUUCUUGUUAUUCUCAUUUUCUUGAUGGCCUUAAUUGGCAACCUAUCCAUGAUCCUUCUAAUUUUCUUGGAUGCCCAUCUCCACACACCCAUGUAUUUCCUACUUAGUCAGCUCUCCCUCAUGGACCUUAAUUAUAUCUCCACCAUUAUCCCCAAGAUGGCUUCCAAUUUCCUGUUUGGAAUCAAGUCUAUCUCCUUCAUUGGAUGUGGAGUUCAGAGUUUCUUCUUCUUGACUUUGGCAGUUGCAGAAGCACUUCUCUUGACAUCUAUGGCCUAUGAUCGUUAUGUGGCCAUUUGCUUUCCUCUCCACUAUCCCAUUCGUAUGAGCAGAAAAGUGUGUGUGCUGAUGAUAACAGGAUCUUGGAUAAUGGGGUCUGUCAACUCCUGUGCCCACACUGCAUAUGCACUCCGUAUCCCCUAUUGCCAAUCCAGGGCCAUCAAUCAUUUUUUCUGUGAUGUCCCAGCCAUGUUGACUCUGGCUUGCAUGGACACCUGGGUCUAUGAGUACACAGUGUUUGUGAGCGCCAUCUUGUUCCUUGUGUUUCCUUUCAUUGGCAUUACUUAUUCCUAUGGCCGAAUUCUCCUUGCUGUCUACUACAUGCCCUCAUCAGAAGGGAGGAAGAAGGCCUAUUCGACCUGCAGUACCCACCUCACUGUGGUGACCUUCUACUAUGCACCCUUUGCUUACACUUAUCUACGCUCAAGGUCCCUCCGGUCUCCAACAGAAGACAAGGUUCUGGCCGUUUUCUAUACCGUGCUUACCCCCAUGCUCAAUCCCAUCAUCUACAGCCUGAGGAACAAGAUGGUGAUGGGGGCCCUGAGAAGAGUCAUUCAGAGAUUUUGUUCUGUGAAAAUGUAGACAAGAUUUCAUCAUCAGUCCUCCAGCUGCAGGUGUCUGUCUAUUCUGUAGGGAAUAGUCACUAAGAAAAAUACUCUUCAAGGAUGAAGAUAGGGUCUUAAGUUAUAUUAGAAGAUUUUAAAAAGUUCA